UUCGCUCAUAAUAAUAGAUGCUGGGCUUCUCAGUUCUCAGUGCACACGGUUUUAUAGUCACUUUAAUCGGUACGACUGGUGAUGUUUUGUUUUGCUUUCUUCCUUAGAUGUUCAGAAUUGAUAAUUUUUAAUUAAAAGCCAUCGCAAAUGGGCUCUAGAGUCGGAGGUCUAAACACGGCCGGUCUUCCCGCAGACAAAGCUUUAGCGGGAGUGCCGCGACUUCUGGACGAUCUCCAACGACUUUCCGAGGACUCCGAAUCGGCGGACAUCAUCUUCAUAUUGGGGAGGGACGAAGAACGUGUGUACGCGCACAGGGUUAUUCUGAUGGCAAGAUGCAAAAGUUUCCAAACCGCCAAAAGGAGCGAAGUGUGCAGAAUACCGGGAUGCACCGUCUCACCUACCGCCCCCGGGACGCCCACCCCUGUUAGACUGCCGCAAGCUCCUCCAGACACGUUCAAGCAAUUCUUACUUUACGUAUAUACCGGGAAGAUUUUGCUGCAAGACAGCAGCGUUUUCGAGAUGAUGGCUCUGGCUCAAGAAUUGGGAGUCGAUGAACUUAGAAACGCGUGCGAAGACCACCUGACUUCUACCUUGUCGGUGCCGUCGGCGUGCACCUUUCUUGCCAUGGCGAUGGAUAUUCAGGACAGAUCGGCCGGUGGAAAAGUAACUGCCGGAUUCAUAGAACGCUGCAUUUCGUACAUAGGAGAGAACGCGAUCGAGUGCGUACGAACCAAUUCAUUUUUAUCGUUGCCUAAGGAAGCAAUCAUUAAGCUCAUUUCAUCUGAUUUUCUAUGCUUAGCGGAGGAGGAUGUGUGGAGGGCUGUUUUGAACUGGGCAAAGUAUCAAGCUGGAGUCACCCAACCUACAGCACACUGGACUGAAGAGGAACGAGUUCGGGUGUGCCAGCAGUUGUCUUAUGUUAUAAAUCAUGUUCGAUUACUAUUGAUAGAUUCCCAGGUUUUUGCUGAAGAAGUGGAACCUACCGGAGCAGUGCCUAUGGAACUAAGCCUUGAACGCUACAGGCAUGCUGCUUUACCUAGCAAAUGCCCAGAAUCAUCAGAUGAUCAGAGACUAAGGCCAAGAGUAUCGCCACAACUAUUUCCGGGUUCUAUGAUUUUGGGGCAAGACAAGAGUCAUUUUCAACGGAUAUUAAACGCGUGGUAUGGUCAUCCCAAACAGACCUGGAGACUCAUUUACAGAGCGAGCAGUCAUGGUUACUCAGCUUCUGCUUUUCAUAGACAUUGUGAUGGGAUUUCACCGGUUUAUGUUAUAGUGAUGGGCGUACGUGGUGAAAUAUGCGGAGGCUUCAGUGACGUGGCAUGGAUAAAGCCGCCUGGCAGGGGUCAGUACAUAUCGACCGACAAAUCUUUCUUGUUCACCCUGUACAACCAUCAAGAUGUACCGCCGACACAAUUUCAUGUGGCUAGGAGAUCAUUUGCUAUUUGCUACCACUCGGACUAUGGUCCCAUAUUUGGCGCAGGCGCAGACUUAUUAAUAUCCAACAACUGUAACAGCAAUAUGGAUAGCUAUUCCAAUAUGCCUCACAGUUAUGAAGGCGACGGGGCUUCCUCUUCAAUUCUAAUGGGAGACUAUAAUUUUGCUGUGGCCGAUUACGAAGUUUUCACUCCAGCUGGGAGUUCCAGCAAGUUUCCCAAAGGAGAACGAUAUCAAUAAAAUGUUUUGCGAUAAUUAAAGAAUGAUUAAUAAAAUACUUUUACUUUUUUUGUAAAUUGCAAAAUUAACUCUGUGUAAAGUUAAAAUCCAAUGGAAAGAA